AUGCUCUUCUCAUCAACGACCCUUUUCCUCUUCGGAGCAGUCAUACAGCUUACGAACGCAGCUUUGAACAAGAUAUCCUAUAAUGACACGUUUGACGCCGAACCGGAUCUUGAUGACCUUAACUUCUGGAAAUAUAAGUGCUUUGGACAAGCUAGCGGCGCGCUCUGCUACAGUGGCUUCACUAUCCGAGAUUACUACAGCGUCGAGGAAUUUGAGGACAUUGCUGAUACCCCUCCUCGGGUCCUCAGCGAUCGAUGGAAAGAGGAUGCGGUGGAUCCGAAUUUCAGAAGUCUCUGGAAGCCUACAAAUGAAUCUGUGGUGUCAUACGAUGAAAAGUCCAUCGCUUUGGCUUGCAUCGUGCGCUUUCCUCAUUUAAAAAAGCCCGAUGUUCCUGAAGCUUACCCUUGUACGAUUCAACUGGUGGGUAAGAAGCUGGACAAGGAACAUGGGAUCGACGGUAACAUGACCUUGCAAUACAAUGGUUUUGGUAAUUACAGUAUCAACAACAUGACGUUAUUCACCUUCGGUGAUGACUUUAAAGGGCUGGUGGAGACUAGCAUAACAUUCUCCGUUGAUCCUCCUGAUCACGAUUGGUAUGGUGUUAAUUUACUGGUUGACACUCAUGCUUACGACGCAUACUUCAAUGAAUCACAAUUACAAAGAUUGAGUUCCAGUGGUCAUCAUAAUUGGAGCAAUGGAGGCUUAAGGAGGUAUAUUUUUUCGUACUGGCCGCUUUACGUGCUGAUAUGGUAUGUCACAUUUGGUAUGGGGGAAGUUCUUGAGAUGGCGCAGGUUUGA